AUGUUGAGUGUAAUCUUUAAUUCAGAAGAGGGAGACAGAGCAGAAAUUCUAUUGGCAUUUUAUGAUUUUGAUUAGGAUGGUAAAUUGAGUAAAUCAGAGAUGGAGUUUUUUAUUUAAGAAAAUAGAUAAUAUCUAUAGAAAACAGAUUUUGAGGUUUCAGAAAUGUAGAAAGGAAUGUUUAAAAUUUGGAUAGACACAAAUUUUAAUUUAACAAGGUAUUUUGAAAUAUUUGAAUUAUUACCUGGUCCAUUAAAGGAGAGAGAAAGAAUUAAAGAAAUGUUAUAAUCAACAUCAGCAUCAUCUUAGAAAUAUUAUGUAAUAAGUUAUAAAUGGUGGGAAUUAUGGAGAUUUUAUGUAAAUUAUAAUUUUGUUAAUAAUCCAAAACGAAAGAUAGCCCAUAUAUCAAUAGUAGAUAUAGAAGAAAUGGAAGAAUAAAAGAUAAUAGCACCUUAAUAAGAUGAUUAAGGUGUUUAAGGAUCUUAAUUUGAAGAGAAAAAUGAAGAUCUUUAUAAUCCAGGUUUAACUUUGAAUCAUGGAUUACAUGAAUCUCUUCAUGGUUCUUAAUUUUAUAUAAUUGAAAAUCAAACAUCAAUUAGACCAGGUUCAAUUGAUAAUUCAGAUAUUCAAGGUGAAUAUGAAGGGGAAUUAAAAACUAAUAUAUUAAAUAAUCAUGAUUAUUUAAUAUUGCCUGAAGCUGCUUGGUUUUCAUUAGUAUAAUGGUAUGGAUGUUAUAAUAAUUUGGCAUAUAAAAGAAGAUCUUUUCAUGAUGAACGUACAAAAACAUAGAUUGUUGAUCUUUAUCCUCCUGUUUUAUAAGGAUAUAUUACAACAAAUAAAGGAGAAUUAUCAUUUAAAAGAUCAUAUAAAUUUAUGGUUAAUUUAAGAAAAUCUAUGCAUCAUGUUAUGCAUAAAUUGGUUAAAAAGUUUAAAAUAAAAAAUUAAUAUGAUUAUUAAUUGUAUUAUAUGAAAGUAAAUGAAUAAUGGACUUUAGUAGAAGAUAUGGAUUUAAAAUUACUUGAUUUAUAAAUUGUAUCAGGUACUUUUGUAACAUUGGUAUUAAAAGGAAAGAUUCCAAAAUCAAUAUUUUAAUAAGUUGGAUGUGGAUUAGGAUAAUUAUAUGAUGUUUAACAUCCUAUAUCUAAUGAAUGGUUAUUAUGUAUAGUAAAUGGAUUUUCAGAAGAUUUUAGUGUUAUUAGAUUUCAUAUAUAAAAAGAAAGUUAUUAAAGAGAUUUCUAUAUACCAUCUACAGAAAGAGCUUUAAGAAUAUAUCCUCCAAAUUCUAAAUAAAAAUAGGAACCAAAUUAUUUUUUAAUUCCUCAUCAUAUUGGUUUAUUGAAUUUAGGAAAUACUUGUUUUAUUAAUACAGUAUUAUAAUGUUUAAUAAAUACACCAGUAUUUGAUGAUUAUUUAUAUAAAUAAGCAUUUAAGUCUGAAAUUUAAAAGAAUUCUAAAUUUACAUAUUUAAUUGAAGAAUUAUCUAAAGUAGCUAUUAGAUUAAAAGAUUAAAAAGAUAAAGCAUUUGCACCUGAAUAAUUUAAAAAAGCAAUUGAUCAUAAUUUACCUUCAUUUUCAGGUUUUGAAUAACAUGAUGCAUAAGAAUUUCUUAAUAUGCUUUUAGAUACAAUGUCAGAUGAAUUAAAAAAGAAUUUAUAAAAGAAAUCUAGUGUUUAAAGUAAUAUUAAUAAUUCUUUUGAAUAAUUUGAAACUGUAGUUAAAGAAUUAUUUACUGGUAAAACAGUAAAUACUUUGAUUUGUUUAAAUUGUUAAAAUAAAAGUUAAAAAUGUGAAGAAUAUUAUACAUUAAGUUUACCAAUUCCAAUAAAUGAUGAAAUUCCUAUAUUUAUAAUAUUAUUUAAGAAAUGUUUAUCAUUAUAGAGUGAGAUUCCACCAUUAGAUAAAUAUGGAAUUAAAGUUUCUAAAUAUGCUUUAUUAAAAGAUUUAUUUAUUGCAAUAGAAAAAGUGACUGGAAUAUCAUAAUAAAGAUUUGAAUUGACUGAAAUAUAUAGAAAUUAAAUCCAUAGAUAAUUUGGAAAUCUAAAUCCCUCAAUACCAAUUAGAUAAAUUGGUUUAAAGGCUAAUUAAUUAUUACAUGUAUUUGAAGUAGCUAAAGUUGUUAAAGAUGCUGAAGAUGAAUUUUAAGAUUUAAUGUCAAUGUUUACUUAUAGAAGAGAAAACUUUCAAACUUUUGAUUAUGUUGAUAUUGAAGAUAGAUUAGGAGAUUGGAGACAUGGUUAAAUUAUUUCAAUAAUUGAUAAGAAUCAUGAAAAGAAUUAUAAAGUAUAAAUAAAAAAAUAGAAUUCUACACUUCAAAAUAUUUAAACAUUUCAUUAAUAUUAAUUAUAACCUUUUAGAAGUAGAGUAUAGAAUUAAAAAAAGUUUAAUUUAGUUACUGUUACAAAUAGAUAUUAUAAUAAAGCAACUGAACAAUAUGAGAAAUUCUCAUUUCCUUUUUUAAUUUUAGUACCAUCUUCUCAUCUUACCUUAUAAGAAUUUUAAGCUUUAAUUUAUAUAUAAGCCAAAAGAUUCAUAGAUUUUGUAUUUAUUAUAUAUAUAUAUUUUAGGGUUAUUUAAAGAAGAAAAGUUGUAUAUAGAAGAUGUAAAAAGAGAAAGUAUAAUUUUAUAAUGGAGCUUAAGAUAUGUCAAAUGAUUUACAUCAUUCUAAAAAAUAUAAUGCAUAAAGUGUAUAUUUAGGUUAAGCAGAAAUGAGAAAAAGUAGUUAUAGAAGAACAGAAUAAGAUUUGGAACCUAAUUAAAAGAAAAUGAGUAGACCAAAUUAUGAAUCACUUUAAGAAGAACUUAAUUUUAUUAAAUCAAAUGAUUUUCCAUAUAAAAUUAAAAUUUUAGACUAAAAUAUGAAUUGUUUAGCUUGUGAAAAAAGUACAUCAAAUUCGUGUAAUAGAUAUAAUGUUUGUAAUGGUUAUUCUUGUGAAAUUGAUCCUAUGUUUUUACAAUUACCUUAGAAUUAUUGUAUAGUUUUGGAUUGGAUAGAUUCUUUAGCAUUUAAUUUAUUUUCAACUGUAGUUUCACAUCAUGAAACUUAUUAAUAGUUAAUUGAAAACAAAAAUAAUAGAAAAGAUAGAGUAACACCUGAUUAAUGUUUUUCAAUUUUAACAUAAGAAGAAAAAGUGGAAAUAAAUUGUGAUUAAUGUCAAUCAAAGUAAUAAGCAAUAGUCAAAUUAUCAUUGGGACAUACACCUAAUAUUUUAAUAUUACAUUUAAAGAGAUUUUAAUAUAGAGAUGGUUAUUUAGAAAAAAUAGAAUCAGAUAUAGAUUUUCCUUUAAGAUCUUUAAAUUUAAAAUAAUGGUAGAUUGGAUAGAAUAGUAAUAAGAUUUAUGAUUUAUAUGCAGUAGCUAAUCAUUUUGGAAAUGGUCAAUAUGGUAAAAUUAUAUUAUGUAAAAUUAGGUCAUUAUACUUCAUAUGUAUUAAAAAAUAUUGAUUAGAAAGAUGUUUGGGUACAUUGUGAUGAUGAUUAGAUAAAACCAUAAUAGGCAGAAAAAGUUGUUUCCCAAUAUACUUAUUUAUUGUUUUAUAGAAUAAGAGAAAUCCCAACUAGUUCCUUAUUAAAUUUAACUUAUAAUCAUUGA